AUGGCUUCUGCUGAGAAGCAGCCUUCCAGCAGGCCUGGAUGUCUUUCGCUUACUCGUUUCCUGAGAUUCAUUUCUUCCGAAUACCGCAUUCUCUUUACAUUAGUUUUCUGUUCAAAUCUCAUAGGCGCCAUCGGCUUUCUUUGGCUGUGGUGGCUCAAUGGGAAGCCCGAUUCAUCAACUUGUGGUCUGGCAACAUCGAUCAAUCUUGUUGUAUCCAUCGCCAUUCGAGAAGAGCACAUCGUCAACGGCCUCUACUACAUCUUCACUUCUAUUCCUACAACAUGGCCGCUAUGGAUGAGAGAGCGAGCAGGCAAGAUCUAUCACCUUGGUGGUCUUCACAGCGGCUGUGGUGUGGCUGCGGCAUUCUGGUUCAUCUUGUACUCGAUCCAAAAGAGCAGUAGUUUCCAUGAGGCUGAAACUCGUGAUCCUGUCAUGUGGGCUCAUAUUGUCAUGGUCUAUCUACUGGACUUACUUCUUACGGCGAUGCUGGUUAUGGCAUAUCCAUCAAUCCGUGCCAAAAUACACAACGCUUUCGAGGCUGUUCACCGAUUCGCUGGUUGGUCUACUCUUAUCCUGUUAUGGGCUAUGACGAUUCUUGAGGCAAAGCUCGGUACACCGCCAGGUGCCUCACUUGCUGCUUCCGUCUUUUGCAGUGCUAAUAUCUGGCUGCUUUUUAUUGCGACAUUCUGCGUCGUUUCAACUUGGCUCAACUGUCGCAAGAUUGAAGUUGAAUCUGAACGACUCUCAACACACGCUCUCCGAAUGUACUUCAACUAUGCCAACCCUCAGCCUGGCACAACCAUUCGUCUCUCUUCCCGCCCUUUGAUGGAGUGGCACGCAUUUGCAACUGUCAACAACCCUAAGGAGAACGGGUUUUCAGUUGUGGUUUCCAACGCUGGCGAUUGGACCAACAAGCUCGUCACCGACCCUCCUCGCUAUAUCUGGGCUCGGCGCACACCCACAUGUGGUGUUCUGCGCAUUGCUCCCAUGUUCAAGAGUAUUGUUUUGGUGGCUACUGGCUCAGGUAUUGCUCCAUGUCUCCCAGUGAUUCUGGCAAAGCAGACCAAAGUCACCCUUUUCUGGUCAACUCGAGACCCCUUCAAGACUUACGGACCAAAUAUUGCCUCCAUCAUCGAGGAGAUGGGAGAUGACGCACAUAUUCACAACACUUCAACAAUGGGAAGGCCAAACACUCUACCUACAGUUCUUGACUUGUAUAAAAAGACGGAGAGUGAGGCCGUGAUAGUUAUUUCAAAUCCCAAGCUUACCAUAGAUCUGGUCUUGGAUCUACAAGCUUUGGGUGUUCCAGCAUUUGGCCCGAUCUGGGACUCUUAA